AUGGGAAAAGAUUAUUAUAAGAUACUUGGGCUUACGAAAAAUGCCUCUGAUGAUGAUAUCAAAAAAGCGUAUAGAAAGUUAGCCCUCAAAUAUCAUCCAGACAAAAAUAAAGAGGCUGGUGCCGAAGAAAAAUUCAAAGAAGUGGCCGAGGCCUAUGAAAUAUUGAGUGAUCCAAAGAAAAAAGAAAUAUAUGACAAAUAUGGAGAAGAAGGUUUGAAAGCCGGAGGUGGUGGAGGCGGUGGUGCUGGAGGCCCAGGACAACAAUUCUUUUACACAAAUGUCGAUCCACAUCAAACAUUUAGAAUGUUUUUUAAUGGGGCUGAUCCAUUUGCCAUGUUUUUUGGCGGAGAUGAUGAUGAUGGAUCGGGUGGGUUUGGAGGAUUUCCGGGAGGUUUGGGAGCGUUUCAAUUUGGCGGAGGCGGUUUAGGUGGACAACGACAAUCACAAAUGCAGCGGAAGAAAACACAAGAUCCACCUGUUGAACAUGAAUUGUUAGUAUCAUUAGAAGAAAUUAAUUCUGGAACAACAAAAAAAAUGAAAAUAUCUAGAAAAGUUUUAAAUGCUGAUAGUCGUUCAACUCGUGUAGAAGAUAAAGUACUAACAAUUGACAUCAAACCAGGUUGGAAAGCUGGAACAAAAAUAACAUUUCCUCGAGAAGGUGAUCAAAGUCCAUCAACGAUUCCCGCUGAUAUUGUAUUUAUUAUUAAAGACAAAGUACAUCCAACAUUUAAACGUGAUGGAAGUGAUUUAUUAUAUACAGCCAAAAUUAGUUUAAAAGACGCUCUAUGCGGAACAACCAUAACUGUACCAACACUCGAUGCAUCAAGAGUGAGAAAAUUACAAUUGAAUGAAAUAAUUAAACCAACAACUGAAAAACGUUUAACAGGUGAUGGACUUCCAUAUCCAAAAACGCCUACCAAACGUGGUGACAUCAUUGUUCGAUUUGACAUUAAAUUUCCCGAUUCAUUAACCAAAGAACAAAAAGAGCUUCUAAGUGGUACAUUACGUGUAUAA